ACAAUGAGAAUUACAAUACUUUCAUUGUUUUCCUUUCUUCUCUUCUGCUACUGCAUAUAUAUCACUUUCCAAAUCUCUUUAGCCUCUGCCAAAUGUCUUGAUGAUCAAGAAUCAUUGCUACUCCAAUUAAAGAAUAGUCUCAUGUUCAAGGUAGAAAGUUCAAGCAAACUGAGGAUGUGGAAUCAAAGCAUUGCAUGCUGCAACUGGAGUGGUGUAACUUGUGACAGUGAAGGACAUGUUAUUGGCCUUGACUUGAGUGCAGAAUAUAUCUAUGGUGGAUUUGAAAAUACAAGCAGUCUAUUUGGUCUCCAACAUCUCCAAAAAGUGAACUUGGCUUUUAACAAUUUCAAUUCUUCCAUUCCAUCAGCAUUCAACAAGCUGGAGAAGUUGACAUAUCUGAAUCUUACAGAUGCUAGAUUUCACGGGAAGAUUCCAAUAGAAAUUUCCCAGCUUAUAAGGUUGGUUACUCUUGAUAUCUCUUCUCCUGGCUAUUUUUUAUUGCAAAGGCUGACAAUUAGCCACCAAAAUCUACAAAAGCUUGUGCAAAAUCUGACAAAACUAAGGCAAUUGUAUCUAGAUAGUGUAAGUAUAUCAGCUAAGGGACAUGAAUGGAUCAAUGCUUUGUUGCCGUUGCGAAACCUACAAGAAUUGAGCAUGUCUUCCUGUGGUCUAUUAGGUCCCCUUGAUUCUUCCCUAACAAAACUAGAGAACCUAUCAGUCAUUAUUCUUGAUGAGAACUAUUUUUCAUCCCCAGUUCCUGAAACAUUUGCAAAUUUUAAAAACUUGACUACCCUCAGUCUUGCAUUUUGUGCAUUAUCCGGUACAUUUCCACAGAAGAUCUUUCAGAUUGGAACAUUGUCUGUGAUUGACUUAUUUUCCAACGAAAAUCUCCGUGGUUCAUUUCCAAACUACUCACUAAGUGAAUCUCUUCAUAGAAUUAGAGUGAGUGACACAAACUUCUCUGGACCAUUACCUAGCUCUAUUGGCAACUUGAGGCAGUUAUCUGAAUUGGAUCUUUCUUUUUGUCAAUUUAAUGGAACCCUUCCAAAUUCAUUGUCAAACCUCACACACCUCAGUUACUUGGAUCUGUCAUCUAACAAAUUCACUGGUCCUAUUCCCUUCUUAGACGUUAAAAGAUUGCGGAAUCUUGUCACUAUUUACUUAAUUAACAAUUCUAUGAACGGUAUCAUCCCUUCCUUCCUAUUUAGACUCCCAUUAUUACAAGAGCUUCGGCUUUCAUUCAACCAAUUUAGUAUAUUAGAAGAAUUCACAAUCAUGUCUUCCUCAUUGAACAUUCUUGAUUUAAGCAGCAAUGAUUUAUCAGGGCCUUUUCCAAUAUCCAUUGUUCAGCUCGGUUCACUUUAUUCACUUGACCUUUCGUCUAACAAGUUUAAUGAAUCCCUCCAACUAGAUAAACUUUUUGAGCUCAAAAACUUAACUAGUUUAUACCUUUCAUACAACAACUUAUCAAUAAUCAAUGGAAAAGGUUCAAAUGUUGAUCUGUCUACGAUUCCCAACUUUGACGUUCUAAGAUUGGCAUCCUGCAACUUGAAAACUAUCCCUAGUUUCUUGAUAAACCAAUCCAGAUUGACCAUUCUAGACCUUUCAGAUAACCAGAUUCAUGGAAUAGUACCAAAUUGGAUUUGGAAACUACCAUAUCUUCAAGUCCUUAAUAUUUCUCACAAUUCUUUUAUCGACUUGGAAGGACCUAUGCAAAAUCUUACUUCCAUUUGGAUAUUAGACCUUCAUAACAACCAACUUCAGGGGUCAAUACCAGUUUUUUCUAAAUCUUCUGAUUAUUUGGAUUACUCAACAAACAAAUUUUCAGUUAUCUCACAAGAUAUUGGCAAUUACCUGUCUUCCACAAAGUUUCUAUCUCUUUCAAAUAAUAAUUUACAAGGAAACAUCCCUCAUUCCCUCUGCAGAGCUUCAAAUAUUCAAGUGCUUGAUAUUUCCUUCAACAACAUUUCUGGAACAAUUCCUCCAUGUUUAAUGACAAUGACUCGUAUCCUUGAGGCAUUAAAUUUAAGAAAGAACAAUCUCACCGGCCCCAUACCAGAUAUGUUUCCACCAUCUUGUGCCUUAAGGACUUUGAACUUCCAUGAAAAUCUCUUACAUGGGCCAAUUCCCAAGUCUCUCUCCCAUUGCUCAUCAUUAAAGGUAUUGGAUAUUGGAUCAAAUCAAAUUGUUGGUGGUUAUCCAUGCUUCGUGAAGAAUAUACCAACACUUAGUGUAUUGGUUUUGCGGAACAACAAACUUCAUGGUUCCUUAGAAUGUUCACAUUCACUAGAAAAUAAGCCGUGGAAAAUGAUUCAAAUUGUCGACAUUGCUUUCAACAAUUUCAAUGGAAAACUACUUGAAAAGUAUUUCAAAUGGGAACGAUUUAUGCAUGAUGAAAAUAAUGUUCGAUCAGACUUUAUCCAUUCUCAGGCGAACGAGGAAUCAUAUUAUCAGGAUAGUGUGACAAUUUCCAAUAAAGGUCAACAAAUGGAGUUGAUUAAGAUUCUAACAAUCUUCACAGCCAUUGAUUUAUCAUCCAAUCAUUUUGAAGGUAAAAUACCAGAAGCGACGAUGAACUUCAAAGCACUUCAUGUUCUCAACUUUUCAAACAAUUGUCUCUCAGGUGAAAUCCCAUCUUCUAUUGGAAACUUGAAACAGUUGGAGUCAUUAGACCUCUCAAAUAACUCUUUGAUUGGUGAAAUUCCCAUGCAACUUGCAAGUCUGUCAUUCCUUUCUUACUUGAACCUCUCAUUCAAUCAUUUCGCGGGGAAGAUUCCAACAGGCACUCAACUUCAGUCAUUUGACGAUUCUUCCUUUAAAGGAAACGACGGAUUAUAUGGACCUCUGUUGACUAGAAAAGCAUAUGAUAAAAAGCAGGAAUUGCAUCCACAGCCAGCAUGUAGAAGUAGAAAGUUAUCUUGUUUAAUUGAUUGGAAUUUUUUAAGUGUGGAACUAGGAUUUAUUUUUGGGCUUGGAAGUGUUAUUGGUCCCAUCAUGUUUUGGAAGCAAUGGAGGGUAGGUUAUUGGAAACUCAUGGACAAAAUUCUUUGCUGGAUAUUCCCUUGGAUGCAUUUUGAAUAUGUAAAACAAGGAGGACAAACUUACACAGUUUUAAGGUGGUAGUAGCAUUAGUUACUAAUGAGUGUACCAGAAUAAAUUCAGAAGUGUGUAUCUUGCAAUCUAUUAUACUAAUGUUUACUCAGAACUACAAUCAUGCACUAUAAAUCCUUCAUACAUAUGUAAUCUACAAUUAAAUAAUCAAGGAAA